AUGGGACUUUUAGGAAUGAAGAUUUGCGUCUUCUUCUUAAUCCAGACGGUACCGCUCAUCGUCAAAGUUGGCGACUGGGCUUUACGAUGGACAGAGGGCAAUACUGCUGUCCAAAUCAUAUUCGUUAUGCUCCUAUUCCCCGUCAUCAUGAACGCGAUACAAUACUACAUCAUCGAUAUCUUCAUCAAAAAACCAAUAUCUGCAUCGCACGAUCUUCUGGAAGACGAGAGUUCCGGAGACGAUAAUGACCAUGACGACCGCCACGCAUUAUUGGCCGGCAUGGACAAUGACGAAUCGGAUGAUGAUACUGCAAGCAAAAAUGGCCAGGAAGCCUUACGUAUCCCCUCUCAGUCCAAGGAGGUUUCAAAUCGGUUUGGCUCGCCUGACUCGAAUCCUGUGAUUGUGCAGGAAUUUGCCUCCUCUGGAUCGGGCUCGACAUCGAACUUCGGUGGCCCCAAUGAAUACGACGAGACGAAUCCCUCCACGAUAGUAAAUGCGCAACCGAAAAGACCUUGA